AGAGCACUUUGUUAUCCUUCUCUACUUCGCCAUCCUCCUCUAUUCUCUUUUUAUUAUUCUUCUUUCCCCCUGGUUUUUUCUUUGUAUCAAGCGCCGAGAAAGCAGUCCUUCCUAAAUCUCUUACUCUUCUUUACUCUCCUGUUGACAACCUAUUUCACUUCACUCUAUUAAAAGUCAUCAAACUACUACAUUGGCUUCUUUAUCAUAAACUUCCUUUGCUUGUGUACUUUGUUCCUACAAAAGGAUGUAGAUGAGCUGAGGCACCGCAAUAUAAACUCAAUUCAAUUUUCUAUAGACACGUACACACCGAUAUAUACCUAUGGCUCUUUCUGUAGCAGAAACGCUCAAUAGCAUUGAACCCCUCGGUCUAUGCCCCUCGGCAAAAGUCGAACCAACCGAAGAUCCAUCUAAAGAAAAAUACAGGCUAUUAAAAAGGCGUCUAAAGGAAAUGUCAGAGAAAAAUGAGGACUUGGUGAGCGAGCUUAGUCGCGCCAACAAACGACUGCGGCUUCUUUCCAAAGAAAAAAACAUUCUCUUGGAUAGGAUCUGUAAGCUAAGUGAUCCUUAUCCAGCCCGUUUGGGAAGACGUUCAAACGAAGAUUAUACGUAUCAUUGUCAAGAUGAAUCUGCUAGUACAGCCUCUGAGGGUGAACCAGAACAAGCAGAAACACCAGUGCCCUCUGAAGCAGCCGGCAUGCUCCAGUUGCACUCUCUCGAGAUCUCAUUUAACAAACCCACCUCGAUCAGCCCACCCCUGGAGCACAUCACUCCUUUUCAACACUCUGAUGGAACUCUCAUGAAAGGUGGUACGACAGUUCCUUCAUCACGUCCUAAACGUAUGCGCAGAGGGCCUGUGGAGCCCAAGAUGCGUCGUGUUCAACCUUUGGAAAAAAACGAAGUGACGGGUGAAUACAAACUACCUGCACGGGUAGGUAUUCUCACUGUUCACUCUCUUGGUAGAGUUGUUCCUCUCCCCUCUUACCAUAAUGAUCGUUAUAUUUGGCCUCCUGGCUUCAAAGUUAGCAGAACCUAUCUCAGUAUGGUCAACCCAGACUCAAACACUGUCUACACUUGCUCUGUGGAAGAAAACGGCGAUCAGGGACCAAAGUUCCGAGUGGUUGCAGAAGAUUGUGAAGAACCCAUUAUUGCCAACUCUGCUACUGGUGUUUGGACAGCUAUUGUUAAGAAAGCAAAUGAAAUUCGAAGCAGAGAUCACUCAAACUCUGCUUCUGGACCCGAUUAUUAUGGCUUUACACACGCCACUAUUGCAAAAAUGAUACAAGAUCUUCCUGGAGCCGACCAAUGUCUUAACUAUGUCUGGCAGAAAUUUGGAGUGAUGCACCAACGAACAGCUGCUGGUGUAGCCGCGGCUGCCCAAAAAAAGCUCACUAACCUCGAAAUUAUGGGUAGUGCGAACAAGAAGCCGCCACCAACUUACGUGGGAAAUAUAGUUAAGCAUGACAUGAGCCCUAUACCUACGUUUGUCUCUAAGGAAGAGACGGAGGAAGUCCAGAUAAAGGUUUCCCCACAUGACAUGAAAAUAAGCGAGACGGAGUUCAGCUAGUCUGCUCCGCAACAGAACAAGGGAUAUUUUGGCUUGUUUUUUUUUAUUAACUGAAAGAAAAGAGGAAUUGUCUUUUUCUAUUAUCCUAUGUAUUGGGCUAAAGGGUAUCGUUCUUUGGUUCAAACUUACAUGUUUGUUUUCGUGUUUAUCUAUGAUUCCCAUAUUGUUUUCCAUUGAUUUUUAUAGGGUCGACGUAUUUUUUAUUUGUCCCUUUUUUUAUGAUAUAGUAUAUUGAAAAUG